UAUCCGGGGUAGCACAGAAGGUAGCAUUAACUUCCGGUGUAAUCAUUCUGUGUCAAACAGCGCCUUGUCAUACAGUUAGCUUCAGAGAAUCUGGUUAGCUUGCUCGUGGCAGGCAGCCUCUUGACAAGCGGUAGUCAGUGAGCUAGCAAGCUAACUGCUAUGGUUUGCUGAACACGUGAGACUGCAGAGUAACGUUAGAGUGGUGAAAUACUUCCAUCGAAGCUGAGGUUUUCACUGUCAUCUCAGGCCACAUUCUUGAUAGAGUUUUUAAAGUAAGAUUAGGUGUUACUUAAUCACAAAAAUGGCGGAUGUGGCAACGACUGGUUCGGAGAAGAGUCUGGAUGAUUUCUUUGCCAAGCGGGAUAAAAAGAAGAAGAAAGAAAAGGGCAAAGGGAAGGAGUCAGGAGCUGGGCCAGCACCGGCCUCGGCUUCGGCUUCGGCCUUGUCCUCGGCCUCGGCCUUGGUGAAAAAGCCGAAGAAGGAAAAGGAGAAGUCCACGAAAAAUGAAAAUCAAGACGCCCAAAUAGAAAAGGAGGAUGAGGAAUGGAAGGAGUUUGAGCAGAAGGAAGUAGACUACUCUGGCCUCAGGCUGCAGGCCCUCCAGUUCAGUGAUGAGAGAGAGGAGGAGGAGUAUGAGAAAGAGGAGGUGGGUGAGGAUGGGGAGAUCAUCCUGGUGAGUGGAGACAAGAUGUCUGGACCCUGGAACAAGUCAGGUGGUGGUCCCCCUCCUCCAGCUGCUCCUGUCGAAGAAGAGCCGGAGGUGCCGGAGUCGAAACCAACAGGUGUGUACCGGCCCCCGGGAGCCCGUCUCACCACCACCAAGAAAGGGCCCUCACAGGGGCCCCCAGAGAUCUUCAGUGACACCCAGUUCCCUUCACUGCAGUCCUCUGCCAAGCAUGUGGAGACUCGCAAGGACCGAGAGAUGGAGAAAACCUUUGAGGUGGUGAAGCACAAGACCCGUGCGAGGGAGGACGGUUCAGUGGCCUCUAUGCAGCAGCUGCAGCUAGACAACCAGUACGCCGUCCUGGGGGACAAGUAAACCCCCUCCACACAGCCCACCACACGCCCCUUCCCUGCCCAACCUCAAGUGGUCCCGGCAGACCCUCCCAGAGGAAAGCACUAAUGCCAACUGUGUGAGUGUGUGUGCGUGCGUGCGUGUGUGUGUUUGGUCAGCCGCCCCCUGGAAUCACAGAGGUGCCACCACCACCACCAACUUUCAGACUGAACUGUCUUUUCCAUCUCUCACACACAUGCGUGCACACACACACACACACACACAGAUGCAGUACGGUCAUCUACAAGUAAAAUAAACAUGCAUUUGUAGCCCCUGGUACAUCAGCCACACACACACACACACACACACACCAUUUAAACAUGCAUACAUUUAUGAACCCAUACACUCCCAUACAAACCAUACUCAAAAACCAACAUAGACAUGGUCAGCAAAAGCCCGGUCUUUAUCAACUGCAUUGACAAGGGCUGUGACAAUAGGGAGUGACUGAACCUUUCCAAGGAAAGAAAGAAAAAAGAAAAUCAAAUGUAUUUGACGGCGCACUCACACCUACAUGAGUGACACCGGUGACAGUGGGGUUGAGUGACAGCUGUCAGGACGUAUCACUCUAGUUCCGGCUCACAUCAGCGGCUGUCGCACCCCGCAAACUUCAGUGAAGAGCGUACUCUAAAAAACUCAACAAGCGCAGUACUACACGAGAGAGGAUGACCGUACGAUUAAGGGGCUCUGUGAUUGGGAAGAACUGCAGUUAAAAUACAGUUAUCAAUGCUUUCACUCACUUUUUUGUUGUUGUUCGUUUGCUAAAUCUGUUGAGCUCCUGGACCUAACCAGAUAUAGAGUGUGUGUGUGUGUGUGUGUGUGUGUGUGUUUUUUUUUUUUUGAGUGUAUGAUGUGAGAGGUAAGGUUUGGGGAUUUGGGGAAUGGGAGGAGAGGUUGGGGGAGGAGACUACCUCAGUUGUGUAUCUGUGGUUACCAUGUUGACCAGGCCUUUUGAUUUUAAAGGACAGUUGGAGUUUGGGUGGGGGGUGGACAACAUUCACCCACCCCAUCCUCUGACCAGAGAAAAGGACCACCUGUCGCUUUAUCACGAGAGUGAGCCUUUGUAUCACCUCUCUUCGGCUCAAGGUCUUCAUGUGGAAAUACUAUUUGAAGUGGCCUUACUGUGUACAAAUCAGCAGAAUGGGAAGUGGUGGAGGAAUGGAUGGCUCACAGAAAAAAAGGACAAAAGAAAAAAAAAGGAAAGAAAGAAAGAAAGAAUGCUCAUCAGCGUCCUCUGCAAAGACACUUUCUGCGCCCCCACCUUGCAGGCUGCCACUGGACUCUUGAGGCUUUUCCCACAAACCCUGAGCAGGAAUGUAGAGCCGAGCUGUAGCGUGCCAUCGAGAAUCCCACCUAGACUGCCCUUGCCCCUUGCCCAACCCCUCCUCGACCCACCCUGGCCUACCCUCAGAUCCCAGUCAUACCACCUUCCUUCUGUCUCACUGGCCCCUUAUCUCUGUUAUCCUUUUUUUUU